CCGGCCGCAGCCGCAGCCGCCCCGCUUCGCCCAGGCAAUGACAGCGGCUCCGGCCCCGUCCCCGCAGCAGAUCAGGGACCGGCUGCUGCAGGCCAUCGACCCGCAGAGCAACAUCCAUAACAUGGUGGCAGUGCUGGAAGUGAUCUCCAGCCUGGAGAAAUAUCCCAUAACCAAAGAGGCACUAGAGGAAACCAGACUCGGGAGGCUUAUCAAUGAGGUGAGGAAGAAGACAUCCAACGAGGAACUUGCCAAACGUGCCAAGAAAUUGCUGCGGAAUUGGCAGAAGUUGAUAGAACCCGUGACCCAGAACGAGCCAGUGCCAAGGGGGCUGCCCAACCCGCCGGGAUCAGCGAACGGAGGCGCUCACAACUGCAAACCAGACUCGCAGCUUCCUGCUGUGCCCGGCGCCAAGCCCAUCAGCGAACUGAAAAGCAGGAAUGAUAUCCAGAAACUAAAUUCUCCAAAACCAGAGAAACUGGGAAAUAGGAAAAGGAAAGGUGAGCACAGGGAUGGCCAUCAGGGCCCUCCUCCCCCAAAGGUCUCCAAAGCUAGUCAUGAAGUAUUACAAAACUCUUCUCCCCCUCCAACCAAUGGAAUUGGAGGUAGUCCUGAAAAUUUUCCUAGUCCUGUAGACAUAAACCUACACGCAGGGCCCGAAAGCAGCAGGACAGAUCUCAGUGAAAACGAUAAACACAAUAAGAUCCCAGUAAAUGCUGUAAAACCUCACACCAGUUCUCCAGGACUUGUAAAACCCUCAAGCACUUCCUCGUUACUAAAGACUGCAGUGCUUCAGCAGCAUGAUAAAUCGGAAGAAGCCACGGGCCCCCACCAGCCCAAGAGCCCACGCUGCUCCUCCUUUAGCCCCAGGAACGUCAGGCACGAUACUUUCGCUCGGCAGCACGCCACGUACUCACCAAAGGAUUCGAUGCCCAGUCCAUCUCAAAGGCCUCAGUUCGCAGACGCCGCGCAGGUGCCGCCGUCGCCGCCGCCGUCGCUGAUGCAGCCAUCCACGCCUCCCAUGCCAGCCAAGAGACUGGAGUUCCCUCCUCAGGCGGCCCCCGAGGCGGCGCAGCACUGGCAGGAGCAGCAGGGAGCCCCCGAGGGCCAGCACAGGCACGCAGCAGGGACGCCUCAGCAGCACACGGCUCCCGGCUGCAAAGCCCACGCCGGGGAAUCGCACACGGGCUUCCCGCAGGACGCCUCCAGGAUGGACAGUGACGAUGCUGCUUCAGGGUCUGAUAGCAAAAAGAAGAAAAGGUACCGACCCAGAGACUAUACAGUCAACUUGGAUGGGCACGUGACAGAAGGGGGUGUGAAACCUGUGAGGUUAAAAGAGAGAAAACUCACUUUUGAUCCCAUGACAGGACAGAUAAAACCUUUAACACCGAAAGAUCCUUUGCAGGUCGAAAUCCCUGCACUCACUGAACAGCACAGGACAGAAACGGAAAAGCAGGAGCAAAAACCCAACCUGCAAAGCCCCUUUGAACAAACGAACUGGAAAGAGUUGUCCAGAAAUGAAAUCAUUCAGUCAUAUUUAAACAGACAGAGUAGCUUGCUGUCUUCAUCAGGAGUACAGACUCCAGGAGCUCACUACUUCAUGUCUGAGUAUUUAAAGCAGGAGGAAAGCACUAGAAAAGAGGCUAGAAAGACUCACGUUCUAGCUCCCAACAGCAAACCUACAGACUUGCCUGGGGUCACCAGAGAGGUCACGGGCGAUGACCUCGACAGGAUACGUGACCACAACUGGCCGGGCGUGAACGGUUGUUAUGACACACAGGGUAACUGGUAUGAUUGGACACAGUGCAUAUCCUUAGAUCCACACGGGGAUGAUGGGAGAUUGAACAUCCUGCCUUACGUCUGCCUAGACUGAGAGCAGUUCUGCUAACCACGCUCUUUACACCUGCAGUUAGCAGAACCGGCAGACACGAUGCCACUUCCAGCUGGAGAGAGCCUCCUGUCCUGGACAAACAGGCCCCACGAGCAGAGGGGGGGAGGGAGCUGGGCCUUUCCAGCUCGUUCCUUUAAAUUCUCCUUUUGUGAAAUGCUGCUACCAGUUUACUAACAAUUGCAAAGGAAGGCAUACGAAGGUCGAUCAGUCGAGUUCAAAACUCUAUAGCGAGCCAGCUAUAAAAAGUGUUAGUCCCCAAGAAGUGAAGAGGAUUUCCAGCACUUUCUGAAUGCCGGAAUCUUUAUUACAGGCAGGUACAGAGAAAAACAAAAUUGUGGAAGUUACCUUAACAAAAUAUGCAUCUAUUUAUUUGACUUGAUUUGGGUUUUUAUUUGGCAGUGAGGUAUUCGAGAGACAAUGUGCAAAAACUGUAGUUUUAUUUCUAUCACAUCUCUGAACAUGAUUGCGUUAUUUAAGAGUCAUGUGGUACGGAGAUUGGGUUUUAAACAGCAGGUGUUGCACUGCAGGCUGGGCCACCAGCUUCAGCUCAACAUUCCAUAGGCAUCCACAUAUUUUAGUCUGGUUUCAGUUUAAAUCCAGUCUCUGAGAAAUGCUGCAAAAACUAGAUGUUUAACGAUAUUUUUUGAUCCCACCACCACCAGCCAAAUAUUUUUCCUCCUUUUCCCUUCCUGCAAACUUAUAGGUAAAAAAAAAAAAAAAACAACAAAAAGACAAAAAAAACCAAAAAGACAAAAAAAAAAAAAACCACAAAAAGAAAAAUCACCUUUUCUAGAAUCUAAAUGUAAUGAGGGUGCUACAAGUUUGUAACUGUACUGUGAGAGGGAAAAAGGAAGCCUGUUUGUAUGCUGGAAAUAUACUUGUUACCAUUCCUUUAGAUAUUGUUUGCCUUAUGGAUAUCCAUCAUAAACGCAAUUUGCAAAAACAAAGAGCCUUAGUGAAUGUACAGUAACUAGACUUCUGUGUUCCUGGGAUGCAGAAGGGAGCAACUUUGCUAUUUGGUCCUUUAAGUGGACACGUUGUGAUAUAAAUGUGGAAAUAAAAAAAAAUUUGCACAAA